GAGCAUACAUACCAUCUGACGUGAUCCCUUAAACUUUUGGAAAGGCCUAUUGGCUCAUCGCAGUGCAAGAAUAUGGCAUUCCAAUACCCACCACUACCUAAACCAGAUGCCAUCCGCUUACUCAUCCUUAAGCCUAGGGGCUUCUAUGAUCAGCUUACAGGAAUACUAGAGUCCGUGACGUUCUCGGAACGGCCUAAAUAUUUAGCCCUCUCAUAUACCUGGGAGAGUCGGCAGCCUGACACCCACGGCCUUCCUUUGGACGAACUGACUCUUAAUGGGCAUGACAUACCUAUUAAGCGCAAUUUGGCGCUCGCUCUCCGAUACCUUAGGUCGGAGAACCAUCCGCUACCUCUCUGGAUCGAUGCUGUCUGUAUCGACCAAGGUAACAUCGAUGAGCGGAACGACCAGGUAGCUCUCAUGGCUUCAAUCUACUCGCGCGCUACCGCAGUCAUUACCUGGCUAGGUUUCAUGACAGGUGAUGAAAUCCGUUACCUUUAUCCCCCCCACUAUGCAGUGGAUGAUCCGUAUAAGGAUCCGUACAAUCGAGGAAAUAGCAAAGAACUAGCAACGUGGUUCACCGAGCACACAUUGAUCAGCUCUACUACUGGUAGCCGAAAUCCCGCUCACUCCAACGCCGCAGAAAUAGAGGCGCUGCAGCGAAUUGAAGCCAUCAACCAGCACGGUAAUAAGAUGGUCAUGACUACGAGCUAUUGGCAGCGUCUGUGGGUAGUGCAGGAGGUUGGACUCGCGCAGAAGAUCUUCUUCGUCUGUGGGCCAACGGUGUUUGUCAACGAGGAGAAUCUACGAUGGGCACACCAGAUGCAAGCUGUUAAAAUAGCAAAGGGCAUGGGAAGUAUGCUGGAAGCACGGCGUACACGCUUCACAAACCUCAUACGUCUCCAGAACCUGAUUGAACAGUUUGCGGGCCAGAUAUGCUCUGAGCCCCGGGACAAAAUUUACAGUCUGGUAGGUCUAGCCAAUGAUGUUAUUGCCGUCCAGAGCAGCAGCAGUGUCGACGACGGGAAGCACAUCGGCGGCCCCGCCGAAAGUAUUCAAUAUAUAGGGAGCGAAGAUGUGGAAUUCGUCAUCGACUACCGCAGGCGCUUCUACGAUAUAUGGUGUGGCGUUGUGCUGUAUAUCUUCCAAUGCCCGCAUUAUUUCGUGCCAGAUCACCUUGACACAGAUGAGGAGGAGCUCUCACGCCUGCGCCAUGAACGACUCACAAAUGUUGUUCGAUUCGCAGGUAUAGUACAGAACACGCUCCAAGACGAAGUGGAGCGCGAGUUAACAGGAAUAACUACAUCUACACUCGAGACUGAAAGGAACUCUAUUCUCGGUCCGAAGCUCUUUGGCCACCACCUCGUUCCCAUCCGUGGCUACGUAGCAGGUAGGGUUCUGGACCUAGGCCCAUCUUACGCCGACUUCGUGGCCUCUUUCCGCCAUCAGACGGCCUGGAAGACGAAGUGGCGCAAGCACUACCGCAAAGAAGUCGAUCUCGCGCAGUUGCGAGAGAUGGAGGAAACUUAUUCAGCUAAAAUUCUCAACUAUAGUGAUGCCGAUAUCGCGAGGAUUGCCCCCCUCCUGGAGGAGUCCUUCGUGACGUUCCGGUCCCCGGACAACGGUCCCCUGGACGACCUCACUGCUGCUGGGACCCACGUGGACGGCAUCCAGAUCAUAGAGAGCAUGCUGAGCACUCUAUCAGCCAAGACUGUGCCGCAAACUGUACCAGACGGGAGGGUGUCACGGUUCCUAGGCACGAAAUACUGUAUGGGUCUGGCACCGCCAGGAACUGUUGUAGGGGACUGGGUAAUUCGGUUUUGGGACUGCGAUGCUGCUAUCAUUGUGCGCCCCAACGAGCCGGCUAGCAUUGACAGUCCAUGUGCGCUUGUCGGUCGAGCAGACGUUGCAGAGGUCCGUGAUCGAAAAGGCCCGUUUGGAGACACUCUGGGUAAUCAGGCGCUCACCCGCCAUGCAAACGGCGACGAUGAGGACACACGCAUGGAUAUGGUAAUGACUUGGUAUACAUUACAGCGUAUCACAGCUUCGAUCGAUACUUGACUCAUUAUAACAUCUCAAUCUUGAAUCCCUACAACCAAUUUCGGUCUGUUAUUUCCUGCACCGAUAUUUUGGCUUCAAGCCUGCCCAAGUACGGAAUUACCGUCAUUCAAGCACUCAUCCCUUGUUGCCGUAGAAAUACAGCUAUCAAGAACCAGGGGGCA